AAAGGGAGAAACUGGGGACCCCAGCCAGAGGGGACUAGAAGAAGGUGCCUGAAAUCACCAGGGCGGGAGACCCUGGGCCUGACUGCCCACAGGGCUGGCUCGCAGAAGGACAGGGUCUCAGCUGCCUACAUCCCCAUUCCCUGCACCUAGCUCAGUUUCAAAAAUCCAAAGGGACACCUGGAGCCCUCAAUAAAUAUUUGUCCAAUUCAUGAAUGAGUAAAGGUGAGGGAGGGGGUGUGUUCUGAAAGCCCAUCCUGGUCCUCCCGUCCUCCAGGCCAACCACACCCCAGCAGUCACAGCUGGAUAAAAACUCUCCCUCCCAAGACUAUCUCCGGGGAAGAAAGAGCUCUCAUUGCAGCGGCCUCACUGGGCCACGGGACUGCAGGAGCGGACAAUGCCCAGGUACACGGUGCACGUGCGCGGGGAAUGGCUGGCGGUGCCCUGCACGGACCCACAGCUCACGGUGGGCUGGCUAGGCCGUGAGGCCGUGCGGCGCUACAUGAAGAACAAGCCAGACAAUGGUGGCUUUGCCUCCGUGGACGCUGUGCGCUUCCUUGUGCGCCGGUGCAAGGGCCUGGGCCUGCUGGACAAUGAGGAUCUGCUGGAGGUGGCCCUGGAGGACAAUGAGUUUGUGGAAGUGGUCAUAGAAGGCGAUGCAAUGUCCCCUGACUUCAUUCCCUCUCAGCCGGAAGGAGUUUACCUAUACAGCAAAUACCGGGAGCCUGAAAAGUACAUUGACUUAGAUGGGGACAGUCUGACCACAGAGGAUCUGGUCAACUUGGGAAAGGGACACUACAAAAUAAAGCUCACUCCAAUUGCCGAAAAGAAGGUACAGCAAUCCAGGGAAGUCAUAGACAGCAUCAUAAAGGAAAAAACAGUUGUUUACGGCAUUACUACAGGUUUUGGGAAAUUUGCCAGAACUGUCAUACCUGUCAAUAAGCUACAGGAGCUUCAGGUCAACUUGGUUCGUUCCCACUCUUCAGGUGUUGGGAAACCGCUCAGUCCUGAGAGGUGUCGGAUGCUCCUGGCUUUAAGGAUUAAUGUCUUAGCCAAAGGAUACAGUGGCAUUUCCCUGGAGACCCUCAAACAAGUUAUUGAAGCCUUUAAUGCCUCCUGCCUUUCCUACGUUCCAGAGAAAGGCACUGUUGGUGCCAGUGGAGACCUUGCCCCACUCUCUCAUCUUGCUCUUGGGCUAAUUGGAGAAGGGAAGAUGUGGUCUCCAAAGAGUGGCUGGGCUGAUGCUAAAUAUGUCCUGGAAGCUCACGGAUUGAAACCAAUUGUUCUGAAACCGAAAGAGGGCCUGGCACUCAUCAAUGGGACGCAGAUGAUCACCUCCCUGGGCUGUGAAGCUGUAGAGAGAGCCAGUGCCAUCGCCAGGCAGGCUGACAUUGUGGCGGCCCUGACCCUGGAGGUGCUGAAGGGAACCACCAAAGCCUUUGAUACCGACAUUCAUGCUGUCCGCCCUCACCGUGGGCAAAUUGAAGUGGCUUUUCGGUUUCGAUCUCUGUUGGACUCAGAUCACCACCCUUCAGAGAUAGCAGAGAGCCACAGGUUCUGUGACCGUGUUCAGGAUGCCUACACCUUGCGUUGCUGUCCACAGAUCCAUGGUGUGGUGAAUGACACCAUAGCGUUUGUGAAAGACAUCAUUACCACUGAACUGAACAGUGCAACAGAUAAUCCUAUGGUCUUUGCCAGUCGGGGAGAGACAAUUUCUGGAGGGAAUUUCCACGGUGAAUACCCAGCCAAAGCCCUCGACUAUUUGGCCAUCGGCGUCCAUGAACUUGCUGCGAUUAGUGAAAGAAGAAUCGAAAGGCUCUGUAACCCCUCCCUCAGUGAGCUGCCUGCUUUCCUGGUGGCUGAAGGUGGUCUGAACUCUGGCUUCAUGAUAGCCCACUGCACAGCCGCAGCCCUUGUUUCUGAGAACAAGGCUCUGUGCCACCCCUCAUCUGUGGACUCGCUCUCUACCAGUGCUGCCACGGAGGAUCACGUCUCCAUGGGAGGGUGGGCAGCCAGGAAGGCCCUCAGGGUCAUCGAACACGUGGAACAAGUGCUGGCCAUUGAGCUCCUUGCAGCCUGCCAGGGCAUAGAGUUCCUACGACCCCUGAGAACAACCACUCCACUGGAGAAGGUCUAUGACCUGGUGCGCUCUGUUGUAAGGCCCUGGAUAAAAGAUCGCUUCAUGGCUCCAGACAUCGAGGCGGCACACAGGCUGCUCCUGGAACAGAAGGUUUGGGAUGUAGCUGUACCCUACAUCGAGAAAUACAGAAUGGAGCAUAUUCCAGAAUCAAGACCUAUUUCUCCAACAGCCUUUUCACUGGAAUCUCUACACAAGACCACCAAAAUCCCAGAGUCCGAAGAUCUUUAAUGGCUUUGUCAGAUCAGCUUAGCAGAUCAGAUGGCCCUUAGCUGAACACAAAACAAGUACCGUGCUGAGGGAAAACCUGAGAACUUUCCUAGGUGGAUCAGUCUAUUAUACACUGCAGAUAUCCUGGGUCCUGCUCUGGCUAAGCCAGUGGCAUUAUUACAGAUGCUAAGUCCAGCACUGUAAGUCCUCAGGUGGAAGGACUUUUCUUUCUUAAUAAUAUCAUUAGGCUACUUAUUCUUAAGAAUAGCCACAGUUGCAAUGGGUCUGUUUUUAACUCUUAGUGUUAGAGGAACUCAAUUGGAAACAGAUUGACAGCAUUUUUUUUUUCAAAAAAAAAAUUUGUUGGCGAAUCUUAUUAUUUUUUUAAUUCACUUCCACAAGCUAGUUGACUUUCUUUAGUUGAUUGUAUUAUGCUAUAUGACUAAGGUUUCUUAUUAUGCCCUCUAAACUGCCAUUUUAAGUCAUAAUUUGUUCUUAAGGUGCUAUUCCUUUUAUUAGUUUAAUUAUCCAUAGUUUUUUUAGCAGUUAAGUACAGAGGUGGUAAAAACCACCCACAAGGAGUUUUAUAUGGAAAUGAAUAUAAAGUUAAGAAAUGAAUAUAAAGAUUGCUAUUUGGGUGGCCCUUAUUGUACUGCGUCUUUCAUGUUUAUCAAAUAUCAUUACAUAUAUCUUUUAAUUGUUUACUCAUUUGCUUAAGCUAGAGUUUGAAAUUAGUAUCUGUUCACAGUUGAUAGUGACCCUGCUAAAAUGACUCCUCAUUUCACAGAUAAGAGAUCUGUGGAGGUUGACCAACCCCCUCCCUCUAAUGGUAAUCAUUAAAGUUAAGCCCUGUUGACAAAGGUCAGGUGGGGCCCUAGGAUGUAUUACUCAAUGUGUUUUCCCCUCAAGAAAAUAAGGGACCUUCUGGGGAGGCUUGAGUGUCAUUGUCCAGGGAAAGAGUGGGUCAGAUGAUUUCUUGGCAUCCCAAGGCUAAGAUCUGUGACUUUGCACCCAUCUGUACAAAUGUGUGCAAAGCACUCCAAGUGCUGGCUCUGAGGACUGUAGCUGGGAAAGAAAAGGACAGACACACUUGCCAGUUUUCCCAGCUUGAGGACAGCCUAUAGUGAGUGCACCCAAAGGUGUGGUUCACAGUGGGCUCCUCAGUCUUGAUUGUACCUGUCCAGAGGAAAGGUGGAGAUCCUAGUGAAAACUGCUGAAGCAAAACGUGUGCUGAGGUACUUGUCUACCUAGCAGUUGUUCUUGGUGCUGUUCUUUGCUAAAAAUGGAAGUUUACACUUUACACAAAUGAAGUUUACUCAUUCUUAUACACAAGCUGCAGUUGAGCCAGUAAACCACAGCAAAUGGCUGCCCUUCACUCCAGUUUGGGGAGUGCUGGACUCUGUCUACCCCUGAGGUCCUUUGGGGCACAAGGGCAUUUGAUGCAACUCUGUUAGUAGCUGACGUCAUCUAUCUUCAAGAGACUUUCAAGGUAAAUAUGGAAUAAAUGGUUUCAAUGGU